CGCACUUUAUGCAUUCAGGCGGAUUGCCGUCUUUGGCGUCUUUCCCGGGUCUUUCCGAUCUGUAGAAUUCUCAGUUCUGCAUCGUCCUGCAUCCGCUUGACAUGGAAUAAUUAUCAACAAAGGCAAAAUGGAGAACGACAAAAGAGGAUUGCAGAACCUUUUCACGGACAUUGAAAAUGACAAAGGUUUCAAUCCCAAUCAUCUGGAUAAACUUGAAGCUUUAGUUUGUAGAAUUUUGCCACAGAUACUCACAGUGAGCGAUGUGGGCCAGUUAACAGUGAUAUUAGAAUGUGCACACAAACUGCUCCAGCAGUUAUCAAAGAGUCCACGUUUAAACAAUGGAGGUGAUAGGCUCAGGGUGGCAGAUAUCAUUGCUGAUUGCCUGAAGAAAGGAGAAAACUUACCUUCCAUGCCAACUCGAGACUUUGUCCUCUUAAAGUUGUGUGCUUCCAAAGGUCUAAAGAUUACAAAUCAUUUGCUCCUGAAGUGCUUUGGAAGUCUCUUGAAAUUCUCAUCACUCUUAAAAGACAAAGAGACUGUGCUUGAAGCUUUAGAAUGUCUUGCCUUCUUUCUUCAAAGACUGAGUCGGUCAACAAGGAAUAAGCUUCGAGAAGAGCACAAUAAUGAGCUGCAAUGUCUUGUGAAGUACAUGCUGCAGUGCGGUGACUACGUUACCCAAGAGCGUAUUGCAGAAAUUCUCAGCAGAGUCGCUCCAUCAGACAAAAAGCAGGAGGCAGCAAAUAUCUGGUUCAAGAGCUUUUCUUCUGAAACGAGAAAGCUGUUCUUGGAUUUUGGCAAGACAUUCUUCCAAAUUGAGGUGCAGGAGUUCCUGAAUUCUAUCAACACCACCUUUGAAACUGGAGUUAAUACAUUUGUCUGCUACAAAAUCAUUUACCAAAAUAAGGAAGUGUAUAGACCUGAUCUUUAUAACCACAUGCACGUCAACUUCAGCAUGCGCUCUAAGUCAAUUGACUUCACAGUUUUGCUUAAGGAAGGUCAUGCAGAUGAUGAAACCAACCCACUCUGUUGCAUUGAAGUGCCUAUCAAAAUGGUCAAGGAAGCAGUUUUGAUGCCUUCCAAUAAAAAAGGCUUUCAUGUGCUUUCGAUGUCUGUGAGAAUAGGAGCUCCCGAAACGCCUUGUCUCGAAAAGCAAGCUGAUCUUGUGAUGGUUUUGAAGGAUUUGGAUUGUGAAAUUGUCAAAAUGUUACUGGAAGACAAAUUGGAGAACGAUCUCUCAAAAAUUAGUGAACUGACAUUUGAAGCCAGCCAAAACGCGUUGGAUGUUUCAAAGACCGUGCCUUACAAAAUUGACAGAGGCAGUAGCAGGUUACUGGAUAUUGAUGGUGCCAAUACUGCGAUAAUGAAAUCUAAAAAAGUUGGGCGUGCUGAAGACUCAAAUAACCCAAAAACAUUUAUAAAUGAUCUUGUCCCCAAUUCCCCUGGCGGGUCCACAUAUGCUGAUUUUAAAACUGUCUGUGGUUCAGAUCAGGAAAUUUCUGACGCAGAGGAAACAAAAGUACAGCUUCCUUCAAAAAGAAAGGCAACUCCUGUGGUGGAACAAAUGUCUACAGAUUGGAGUGACAAUGACGAUGAGCCAAGCAAUCUGCAUGUAAAUGAAAGAAAAGGAAUUCCAGUUUUCCAAAAGCAGGAUAAUCAGGUAGCUCCUGGAUUGGGGAAGCGAAUACCAAACCAAAAAGUCACUCCUGCUGCAACUCGUACUUUCACAAGAGUAGCCACUCCAGCACCCCCUUUCCAGGAGAAGGUGAAGGUUGGGCAAAAAAGGAAAGCAACUCCAGCUAUCAACCUGUUGACCACUGUGGAUAAAAUUGGCUCAGAGGAUUUAAAUGAUGUAACUAAUCGUUCUGAAAGAAAGAUGGAUCGUUUGAACAAAAUUCCUUCUACUCCAGCUGUCAACCUAAAGCAGAGUAAUCAACUGAUGAGAAAUGAUAAGAAAAUUCCAGUGACGAAGCCCCGUGGGAGACCAAAGAAGACUCCAAUUCAACAAGCUAUAACACAGAAGGCCAACAAGCAAAGCUCAUCUAAAGCUUCAAAGGAUGUGCCAUCAAAGACGGAGAAGUCUGCCCCAAUGGUUACAAGCAAGGGUGAUGAUCUCCGUUCAUCAAAAAGAACUGAAGUUGCUGUCAGUAAUGAACCAACGGAGAAAAAGAAACUGGGAAAAUCUGAUGUCUUGAAGAAACAAUUAUUUAAAGACUUGCCAGCCAAUCUGAUCACCAGCUCUAGCAAGCCUACAGUGUUUGAUAUUACCAAGCAGUAUGAGAAUAAUAAAAAAACCAAGAUUGCCCAGGCCCAGAAUAGGAAGCCAAUUUUUCCAUCAAGCUUUAACAUGGGAUCAUACAGCAAAGAUUCAGUCUUUGACGAGGUUCUUAAGACAAGCUACCCUGACCGAGAAAACAGGAGCAAAGUCAAACCUGUGCAGUUUGUGGCACCAAUUAGUGAUACCUCGUCUGUGGUUCCAAGCAAAGAAAAACUAGCAACAUUGGAUGAGCUACUUGCCAGUGAGCCAAAACCACCAAUGAGAACCACCAUAAAGAAGCGCUCAACUGCCUCCAUUGAAAAACUAUUCUCAGGAAGAAAAACUCCAAAAUCUGAAGAUGCCCAGUUUAGCAAAAUCACAAAAAUGUUGAGCAAGGGAAAACCUACAAAUUUGAAGCUUCCCCUUUCUCUUUCAAAGGAUAAUGUUUCUAGUUAUACCACGCACACAAAGGCUGUAGCUGCCACUGAGGCUUAUGGGAACUUCAACAGAUAUGACAAGAAACCACAGAAUUCAAAGAACCACUUAAACAAUGACAUUGAAAUCCAGUUGCCAGCAGCUGCUGCUUCAAACAGGGACAGGGGUGUUGGUAAUAUUGGGAAAGCACCCAAACACCAGCUGAACAAGUCAUCUGACACAAAAGAUGAUGAUGAUUGCACGGUAAUUAGUGUUCAAAAUUUGAAGACGAUAGAAGACAAAGUUAUGAAGAACAGUGAAAUUUUGUCGUAUGACUUUGAAGACCUGUAUGAUACAUGGGAGCCAAUCAAAGAAUCUGCCAAAGGGCAGGUUCGUUAUUCGUCAACAUUGAAGAAUGAUCUUCAGAUAAUGCAGAAUGAUCUUGAGAUGAUUAUUGAGAAACAAAAAUUGGAUAUGGCAAUGACGUCUAAUCAAAGCCGUAUUCGUAAGGUUCUUGAAAAGCCACAAAGUCCUGAACUGGAGCAGUGGAAGGCCAGUUCUAUAGUUGACCAAAAAAAUGCCAUCCCCUGGGGAAAUUUGCAAGGAAACCCCAAAAAAAAUAAUUGCAGCAACAAAAAGAGCAAGCAAUUGGAUCCCAAAGACAAUCCAAAUAUUUCUAAAAAAAAUAUGCUGCUGCAUUUGCUCCCAAAAUGUAGUAUGCAGACAGCGGACACAAAUGUCAAGAAUCUGAAAGAAAAAAUCAAACACUUGUAUGAAUUGUAUAACCAAGAAGAGGCUCAAGGAAACAAAAUUUCCAAGUUGAUUAUUUUGAAGAAGAUGGUACAUCAGUUGAAGGAAACUGUUAAAGUAGAAAGUUCGCAACUGGAAAUUAUCAGCCAUCGACAUGAUCUCUUGGAAGAAGUGAAAGAGGCUUUUGAUGAGAAAUUCAUGGACCCUAUGGAGAUUACCAACAAGCGUCCAGUAAUUACCGAGUUGGCUGAUGAAUUGCUGCAACUAGGUGCAGCUACAAUUGAUGAGGAUGCUGUGAUUGAUAAGGUGGACGAUCUUAUUGCCCACGCCCUUGAAAUUUCAAGAGAAGGGCUAAGGGCAUCGAUUAAAAAGUUAAUCGUAGAUUCUUGGAGCGUGAAAGAUUGAUACAUCAGUCAGCUUGGGCAAAUCUAAAUUUGCUAAUUUCAAAUAAUUUCAUUUAAUACUGAUGAAUAGGAAAUAGUAUGCCUUGCUUUUCUGAGGAUUGAGGCAAUUUUCACGUAAAAAGUUGACUGAGCAAACAUAUUUCUGCAAACUGCUCAGUAGUUAACUUAAGAGUAUUGCAUAAAUUCUUACUAGUUUACAAAGUUCUUGCUUCAAUAUUGAAGAAAAUUAUCAAAAAAUUUAGUUUCUUAAAUGUAAGCUACUAUGUUUCUUAAUUUUACAAAAAUUCAAGACUAAAUUUAGUAUAAAAGUGGACAAAUUGCUAAUUAUGCAAGUUUUUUUUUUUAAAUUAACGAUUCAUAUGAAUUACAUAUGUAUGCAACCUGCAAGACAUGUAUGCAUAGCACAUUGCAUUCUCCUUUAUUCAGAAGAUAAUGUUUAUUAAUAUUGAAUAAAAAGUAUUGCAGUAUGAAG